GCCUGGCUGUCCCCCAACAAAAGGGCCCAGCUUUUACGCCAAGAAAAAAAACGAGACCCUUGAAAGACUUGAAAGAGUGAGUGAGAGCAGAAGACAGAGUCUUCCCUUGUGUCCUCUUUCUCUCUUCUUUCACCUCUCAGUGUUUUGUCCUGUCCCCCGCAUUCGUCCACAUCUACCUGUUAGAUGAGCACGUCUGGGGCGGGACAGAGGCCACUUUUAACCCCUCCGGGAACCCAGCGAAUUCUCGCUAGUUCUUACUCUUUGGUACAGCCAAACAGGAUGUACUAGCUUUGGAGAUCCGUUGUAUAUCGCAAUCGCGAGGAUGCUUUUAUCUUUUGCAAAACCCCUGAUGUUGAAAGUAAAAACACGACGAAUUUGCUGAGGAAAUAUCGAUGACGUUAUCCAUUUUCUGUACAGGUUUGUGUGUGUUUGAAAGAGUCGUGUUUACUGAAGCUUCUCAACCGACGUCUCUUCAACUCCGUGAGCGUUGCUUCCACCUAUAACUUCAAGCAUCUGUACAGUAUGAAUUAACGGUAUAGGAACUUGCCAAACAGAACUUUCCUCUGCUGUUGCCGAGGCUUUUUGUCGGAGAGUGUUACGCCGAUCGCCCAGCUGAUAGGGGAACUAUCUUGAGUCACAAUUUCUUGGUUGAAGUUAACAGCCACAACAAAUAAAGCCACACCAAUUUGGAUGACUCGCCUUCCUUGGAUAUUUACCCCAACGGAUUUAACUAUAAGGAACGGCUUUACCACAAGUGGGAACGGUUGCGUCUAGCUCGCCCUCACCCCCAAAACCACGGAGGAUUAUGUCAUGAAAGAAAACAUUGUCUUGGAUUACCACGGAGUACUUCACUAGUGAGGAAAUAUUCAUAUAAUUUUGAGCAUGAUAAAAACACCAGCCCAUUGGGGUGAUGUCUACACCACCAUGUUACAGAACGUAGCACACGGUGGACAACCACUGAGUUGACACAAACCCUUGCACAGAAGUUUGGCCUGACUCAACCAAUACACGGGAGUUUACGGCACCUAACACCGGCUUAGUGUGAUCCGCUGCCUGUCCCGUCUAUCACGCCAAGCACUGACAGCCAGGUACCCAACGGAGGACGCCGCUGCGCCUUGGGUAAAACAAAAGUUGAGCACCGGUCGCCCUUUGCCCUUCGACGGCGGGGGUAAAGUCACUCGGACAGGGCAGGGGUGAGAAAGACGUUCGCUUCAGCGCGCGGGUGUCACCAAGACACGCUGCUGCCGCACACACGGACCCAGCACCAAGAAUGGGAAAAUACAUAGUGUGGAUCCUGGUUGCAUGGAUGUUUAGCCUAUUGGCCGUAGUGUACAUUCGAAGGAUCUUGGUACACCCUGAUUUCAGUUUACAUGAUGAUGCGCGUUUUUCAAGAUUAAGAAGCCAGCAGCACCAAAUAGUCGUACCAACAUUAGUGGACGAAAACGGCAACCACGUGUCUUACGAUAUCAUAAACAGCCGGAAAAGGACUCGAAGGGAUGUCCAUUCCAGCUCGGAAUCCGCCUCGGACAUCAGGCGGCUUCAUUACAAACUCUCAGCCUACGGGAGCGAAUUUCACCUGAACUUGUCACUCAACACCAACUUAGUGACGAGGAACUUUCUCGUGGAAUACAUGGAUGAGCACGGUGUCAGUCACAGACACCGGACUGUGGAUGAUUGUCAUUAUCACGGACAUGUCGCUGGGCAUGAUAUCUCCAGUGUGGCCAUCAGUAACUGCAAAGGCUUGCAUGGACUUAUAUCAACAGCUGAAGCAGAUUAUUUUCUAGAACCUAUUCAUGAUUUUUCAAGCAACACCUUUGAAGGACAUCCACAUGUCAUCUAUAAAAGAGAUUCCGAAUCCAAGCAUCGAUACAAUGAGGAUGGGGAUUGUGGAGUUACAGAUUCUGAUGAAGUUAAAAAAACGUGGUGGAUGACCAACAGUGACUUUUCCUUUGCGGAGCAAGUGAUGAAGAAACACCCUCACCACAAUCAUCACCACCGUCACCCUCAGCAUCACCAUCAGCAUCACCACAAGAGGAGGCGGAGAAGACGUGAAGUCAGCAGCAUGUCAUCAGAACUCAACGUCGAGACCUUAGUGGUGGCCGAUAAACUCAUGAACAGUUACCAUGACGACUACAUCGAGUCUUAUCUCCUCACACUCAUGAAUAUUGUUGCUGAUCUGUACCAUGACGCGAGCGUGGGGAAUAACAUCAACAUCGUGAUCUCUCGGAUUAUUCUGGUCUUACAAGAUCAGAAAGAUCUGGCCCUGGGGCACCAUGCUGAUAUGUCCUUGCAGAGUUUUUGUCAGUGGCAGAGGAACCUACGAUCGCCGGAGAACAUUUCAUCUGAGAAAGACGGCAACAUCCAGAAGCAUGAUAAUGCUGUGCUUAUCACAAGGUAUGACAUCUGUAUGCUGAGGAACCAGCCAUGUGGCACCAUAGGCUUGGCUCCCGUUGGUGUGAUGUGCAAUCCUGGCCAGAGCUGUAACAUUAACGAAGACACGGGACUAGCUACAGCAUUCACCAUUGCUCAUGAGAUAGGCCACAAUUUUGGCAUGAAGCAUGACGGCGAUGGCAACGCCUGUGGUACACGGGGCGGCAUCAUGGCAGACCAGAUUACAGAGAACACUGAUCCGUUUGCUUGGUCAGCUUGUAGCAUGGAAUACAUCCGCAACUACAUUGAUUCCGGCAAGGCUAACUGCCUAGAUAACCCACCAGAGUUAGUCAGUUACAGCUUCCCCACAGCAAUGCCCGGUGAACUCGUGGACGGUGACCAUCAAUGUCGGCUGCAGUAUGGACCUGAAGUCAAGGCCUGUAAAACAAAUAGCAUCUGUCGUGAGUUGACUUGCCUCAAGCCUGGCUCCCGAUCCUGCUGGAGAACCAACACGCCAGCAGCAGAGGGGACAAGGUGCCAGACACCAAACACACCUGUCGGGUGGUGCUAUGAGGGUGACUGCGUGCCAUACGGUGAGAGACCCCAGGCAGUUGAUGGCGGUUGGGGUGCAUGGUCUGAAUGGAGCUCCUGCUCAAGAACCUGUGGAGGAGGUGUCACAAUGUCUGAGAGACAGUGUGAUAACCCAAGACCAUCUCACAGAGGUAUCUUCUGCACAGGGGAGAGGAGUCUUUAUAAAUCCUGCAAUAUUGAUGAAUGUCCAUCAAACUCCCGUGACUUCCGCACCAUCCAAUGCUCCAACUUCAACAACGAGCCUUACCGUGGACGUUACUACUUCUGGGAGCCUUACGUCAGUCAAGACAUCGGUCCCUGUGAGCUGACCUGCAUCACCUCAGGAGGGGAACACUUCCGGAAGGUCAACAAGAUCGUGGACGGGACGAGGUGCUAUCCUGAGAAGAUCAAGCCGGAGGUUCUUGACAUCUGCAUCAAUAAGAAAUGCCAUCCUGUUGGAUGCGACAAGAUUUUAGGUUCCGACGUCCGAGAGGACAAGUGUCGUAUAUGCGGUGGAGACGGUAGCACAUGCGAGACGGUCUCCAAGAACUACACCAAGACGCUGUCUGCUGGAGACUACCAUGAGAUCUUCACGAUACCACGAGGAUCGGUCCACAUUAGCAUAGAAGAAAUGACCGCAUCUAGAAAUUACUUAGCUUUAAAGUCGGUGAAUAAUGACUAUUACCUGAAUGCUGAGUGGAUCAUUGAUUGGCCCAAAGCCUAUGAUGUCAGUGGGACCACCUUCAAGUACGAGAGACCAGAUCAAGGAGUGGAGUCUCUCACUGCAUUGGGACCAAUCAACGAAGAACUUAUAGUUAUGCAGCUUUUGGUACAAGAGGACCAGCAAGGUAUAUCCUAUUCCUACAAUCAGCCAGUCACUAGACAGGGUAGUGGGGAUGAUGAGGUGGUCUUUAUAUGGCACUGGAGCUCCUGGUCUGUCUGCUCAAGCACCUGUGCAGGGGGUGAAUCUAUAGCUGAAGUCCAGUGCAUUCGAUACGACGACAAGACGGUGGUAUCAGACACAUUCUGCAAUGCAGGAACCAAACCGAGCCGACGAAAGCAAGCGUGUAACACAGAACCUUGCCCACCAGUGUGGUCAGACGGUCCGUGGUGCGAGUGCAGCCAGACGUGCGGUGGCGGCCAUAAGACACGGACGGUCCUGUGCAUGACUAAAGUCACUCAGCUCGAGGAGGAAGUCGUAGAUGAAUCGCAGUGUACAAAGCGCAAACCCAUCGACAGGAUGAAUUGUAACAUGCAGGAGUGUCCACCGCAGUGGGUGGCCGAUGCGUGGUCAUCGUGUGUGCCAAGUUGUGGUCUGGGACAUCAGACUAGACGAGUGAAGUGUUUGAAUAGUAACGGUGAACCGUACCCCAAUAUGUGUAACUGGGGGAAUCGUCCCUCAGCCAUCAGAGAGUGUCAGACAGCUGGGUGCCCACCGCCACGAUGGGUGGCUGGAGAAUGGAGCGAGUGCAACUCUAACUGCGGUCGCGGACAGCAGCAACGUCAGGUUCGAUGUCUGUCCUACAACAACGUCCCUCUAAGCCCCGCCUACUGUAAGCGAUCACUGAAGCCUCACGCACAGCAACAAUGUGAAAGUCCUUGUGUAUCCAGACCAACGGAAGAAGAUGAUUGCCAAGACGCUCCCUCGGUUCAAUACUGCCCUCUAGUGGUCAAAUACAAGUUCUGCAAUAACGAGUAUUUCCGCAAGAUGUGCUGCCACAGCUGUAGUAGUCGGUAGAAAUGUGAAACGGAAAUGCACUGCAAGAAAUAACAUCGUCGUCCCUCAAGCUGCUUUGGGAAAUUCUUCUUAUAGGUGAGCGCGGGCAUCCCCGAAUUUUUACAUUGGCUUAUCUGGUUCCCAGACUUAUGUUCUUGAAACUCAAUGGUUCUUGAGUCUGGAGUGCUGAUGAAUGGUUGGUAUCACAUAGCAACCGAUGAAACUGGUGUGUAAAUGAACAGAUUUCAUCGGAUGACGUCAGCCAGCACCCACAUAUAUUUAUAAUUGCCCUUUUCUUAAGUGAACUUAGCUAUAUUCUUUUGAGAACCUUUGCAGAUGAUAAACAAUACGAAUUGGCCAUUGUUUUGGUGAAGCAUUUUUCAACAUUUAUUUUUCAGUUUCUCUUUAAUUUGUUGAGAAUUAAGACCUUGAAUGGGGGAACGGGGACAUUUCAACUGCUUCAGUUUUACUGCUAAGUUUAAUUUUUGCUUGUUUAUCUUUGUCACUUGCAAAGGAGAUUCUAAAGUUUUAGGGAAAACCAUCGGACUGAUUGUGGGUUUCAGGGUGUAUAAAAAGGAAAGAGGUUGUGCUUUGUGGAUAUUUUUGUAUUUAUUUAUAAAGGAAAACUUGGCAUUAUUAAUAAAGUAAGGUUUUUAUUUUCUUUUUGUAAAAAAUGAAAGCAAAUUAUGUCUGUACCGUCCAUAUUAAUACUCCAAUAUAUUUCACUUCACAGACAACACAUACAUGAAAGACAAUGGAGUUGUUGUCUUGACACUGAUUUUGAAUGGACGUUUUAAAGCGAAACGAUUCUUUUUUGGCUCACAAAAACAAAACAUGAACAAUUAUUUCUGUAAGAGCAGUCUAAUAAUUUUUUCUAAGACAUUAAAAUUUGUCCAACUUUUUUAAUGAAUUCGGUUUUGUUUUUAAACGGCAGCUUCAAAUUCCCACCCAAUUUUUUUUGUGCUUUUGGUAAAAUAAGCUGAUCUAGUUUUGCUUUUAAUAACAUUGAUUAUUUUGUUUUUUGUCAUGUAUAAUGUGUACAGUAUAUAUAUUAAAAUAUUGCACAGUAUUACCUUGCUCAUUUACAUACAGUGAUGCUUUUGUUUUUAUAUUCAAAUAGUAUUUAUAAGCCGAAACUGGAAAAUAUGAAGAAAAACUUCAUAUUUGGGAAGUUUCAUCAUAUGUUAGGAUUUUCUGGCUUUAAAGGAAUCAUGAGGAGGUCAUGACAGUAAAUGUAAUUAAAAUGAGAUGUUUUCAUUCAAAAAUUAAUGUAAUUUAAAGUUUUUAAAAGGGAUUGCAAAUAGUGAUGUGUAUAUAAGGAAAGUUGUAAAGUAAUUUGGUUGGCAAAAUGUUGCAAAAUUUGGGCCUGUAUUUGGCAGUUUGGAAAGUGAGGACAUAAACAAGGAUUUAUUAACAAAGAUGUUUGGUGCUUUUUUUUUUAGGUUUGCCUUUUUUGAAUGGCGCAGAUUGGAAUUGAAUUAAACGAUUAUUACUCUAUGAAAUUUGCCACAAAACAUCCAAAACUGACAGUUUCCUUCCAGAUUUGUGCUAAAAUUGUAAUGAAAUUGUAUGUAAAAAGUGCUUCCACAUUAUUGAUUUUAUAAAGCCAACAUGAUGCAAAGCACAAACAACUUUUAUAUAAUAAACACACAUUAGGAUUCGGAGCUUUUAGGGAAUAGGGAGCACUGCUUUACUUUUUAAGUUGCACCUAAAUUCACGUUUUGUAACUGAUCUCAUCAAGAGGCGUAAAAUAGAUGAUGGCACCACGUAUUGCGACCUGCUUGGAGUAGGAGCAACCUUGGAAACAGUGAUUUGUUUGUUCGAGUUGCUCAAACAACCCUGCAAAAAAAAAUCACUUUUUUUUCCUUCGAUGAAAGCGUAUAAGUUUGUUUUAGUGCUCAGUCACCACUGCACAUUGCACUGCACAUUUUGCGUUCAACAAUGGUGCUGAAGGCACCUAGCCAAGUAUUCAAAGAAAGUAGUUGGCUUGCAAUUCAAUUUUGAAGAUAAUGUAGAAAUGCUAGGGGCAGUACUUACAAUUGCUAGUUGUGACUCACUUUUUGUCUAAUUGAUCUUGUAAAAAAAUAAAUCGGUUAAAAAUGAACUAACACAAUUCAAUGGAAUAUACAUGAUUUUUUUGUUAUAUAUAAUUAGACUAUUUAGCAAUCAUAUAUUUAUUAUUAUUAUUUUUGCCUAAUUGUCACUUUUCAAACUGUAAAUAGACCGAAGCUGUAGAUUUUAAUUAAGUCACUUGCCAGAAGUCGAUACCUAACUCUUACUAGCAAAAAAAGGUUACACAAAUGUUAUUUUUUUUUAGGAAGAUCAUAAUGGCGUCUCCUUGUGAUUUGUCUUGGAAUUCUUCUUAUUGGUUGAAGGAUUUGUUCAGUGUGAAUAACCACAAUCGUGUUAGGUAAACCAUCACAAGCAGAUGUGAAUUGUACAACAAUGUAAAACAAUGUGGUUACCUGCUAAUUUAUUGUUUGGUUUCUGUGGUAAUACCUGUUCAGUAUUUCACUUUGUCUGUAUUGGUCAUAACUUGUAACAAGAACUAGUGUUACUCAUCAAAUGUAAAUUAGUAUCUAAUUCACAUCCAUCAAAUUCUGCCUGUAUUUAAAAGGAAAUUAAACAGGCCCUAUGUUUUUUUUUCAAAAGGGCCAAGUUAUCAAUUGGCUUUAUAUUAAAAGCAUUUUGGUCAAAAUGUGUUUAUUUUGACCCUUGUAUUGUAUUAAAUCCUAUGGCUAUACAAGGUCUAACUCAAAA